AUGGAGAGUGUUUCCUUAAGUAUUUAUAGAGCUUAUUUUCUUUUUUUAUGCAGGAGUUAUAAGAGAUAAUUAAAUAAGCUAUUAUUUGAGAGUAUGCAUGAUUGUCAGCUACAUAUUCUUUGCAUUAAAUGUUGUUACUUUAAUCAUAACUUUGUAACUUUUAGAAAUAAAAAAAAAAUCUUCAUUAUCUUUCUAUAUAUUCAAUAAUUUUUUUCCUUACUAUAUAAGCAUCGCAGCUUUAAGUUACUACGUGGAUACUUUGGGAUCUAAUCUAGCGAUAUACUAAAUAUUCAUUACCGUGUUAAUAUUUAUGGGUCUAUUAAUAGUUAAAUAUCCAAAAUUGAAGCUUAAACACUUAUUUUUAAUUAUACCUCUUUUUAUAGCAAAUAACUUUUUAAUAGCUUAGUAAAUAAUAUCAAAAAAGAAAAUUUACCUUGA